UCUUGACCUUUAUCACCAAGAGAAAUUAAUGUUUAACCAGCCCCGGAGGCUGGGAAAGCAAGGACAGGGAGCCAUCUGGAUCUCGAGCUACAAAGAGUGACCUGUCGGAACACUGCUUGGCCACGUUUUCCUCAACCCCCAGAACGAGAGAGUCUCCUGACGGAGAACAGACUCAGAAGGAAGUAGGAUUCCCAGCAAGGAGAGGAGAGAGAAGAGGGAGCGAGUGAGCAAGCACCGCGGGGCUGCCUGUUCUGCCUCUGCAAAAGACCGACCACCAUGAACUCAGGUGAAUUCCGAAGGAGAGGGAAGGAGAUGGUGGAUUUCGUGGCUGACUACUUGGACGGCAUCGAGGGGCGCCAGGUCUACCCCGACGUGAAGCCCGGCUACUUGCGGCCCCUGAUCCCCACCUCUGCCCCUGAGGAGCCCGACAUGUUUGAGGAUAUCCUCAAAGAUGUCGAGAAGAUAAUCAUGCCAGGGGUGACCCACUGGCACAGCCCCUACUUCUUCGCCUACUUCCCCACAGCCAACUCGUACCCAGCCCUGCUUGCCGACAUACUGUGUGGGGCCAUCGGCUGCAUCGGCUUCUCCUGGGCUGCAAGUCCGGCGUGCACAGAGCUGGAGACGGUGAUGAUGGACUGGCUGGGGAAGAUGCUGAAGCUGCCAGAGGCAUUUUUGGCUGGACAAGUGGGAGAAGGGGGUGGAGUGAUCCAGGGAAGCGCCAGCGAGGCCACGCUGAUGGCCUUGCUGGCCGCUCGGACCAAGGUGGUACGCCGCCUCCAGGCCACCUCCCCAGGGCUGACGCAGGGCGCCAUCAUGGAGAAGCUAGUGGCCUACUCAUCGGAUCAGGCGCACUCGUCGGUGGAAAGAGCCGGAUUAAUUGGAGGCGUGAAACUAAAAGUGAUCCCUUCAGAUGGCAAGUUUGCCAUGCGGGCUUCCGCCCUGCAGGAGGUCCUGGAGAGAGACAAGGCGGAGGGCCUGAUCCCUUUCUUUGUGGUGGCUACGUUGGGGACCACGUCCUGCUGCUCGUUUGACAAUCUCCUAGAAGUGGGUCCUAUCUGUAACGAGGAGAACAUGUGGCUACACAUCGAUGCUGCGUAUGCGGGCAGCUCCUUCAUCUGCCCUGAGUUCCGGCAUCUUCUGAAUGGAGUAGAGUUUGCAGACUCGUUUAACUUCAAUCCUCACAAAUGGCUCUUGGUGAAUUUCGACUGCUCGGCGAUGUGGGUGAAGAAGAGGACAGACCUGAUAGGGGCCUUUAAGCUGGACCCCCUCUACCUGAAGCACAGCCAUCAGGACUCAGGGCUUAUCACCGACUAUAGGCACUGGCAGUUGCCUCUGGGCCGGAGGUUUCGCUCUUUGAAGAUGUGGUUUGUUUUUAGGAUGUACGGAGUCAAGGGGCUGCAGGCCCAUAUCCGCAAGCACGUCCGGCUGGCUCGCGAGUUUGAGUGUUUGGUGCGCCAGGAUCCCCGCUUUGAAAUCUGUGCAGAAGUCACUCUGGGGCUGGUCUGUUUUCGGCUAAAGGGUUCCAACAAACUGAACGAGGACCUUCUGGAAAGGAUCAACAGUGCCAAGAAAAUCCACCUGGUCCCCUGUCACCUCGGAGACAAGUUCGUGCUGCGAUUUGCCAUCUGCUCCCGCUUCGUGGAGCUCACCCACGUGCAGCGGAGCUGGGAGCACAUCAGACAGCUGACCACCGACCUGCUGAGAGCCGAGAAGGACUAG